AUGGGCAUGAACCAGUGGCCUUCGAAACCGGAUGGCUUCAGGUCGACCUCGGAUGAGUAUGUAGACAGACUGGAGUCACUUGGAAAGUCUGUCAUGCAGGCGAUGGCACUUGCCAUGGAAGUAGACGAAAGCAUAUUCCUGGAUCGCAUCGAUAAAGCGUUCUGGAAUCUGCGUAUACUGGGCUAUGAAGGUCGAAAGUCCAAGACUCCUGCUCCGGCAGGCAUUGGAGAGCAUACCGACUUCGGAAUUUUGACAUUCCUCCUGACCGACCCGACCAAGAACUCUCUCCAGGUACUCAGCAAGACAGGAGAAUGGAUCUAUGCCGACCCCAUCGAAGGUUGCUACCUCUGCAACAUUGGCGACAUGUUAGCUGAAUGGACUCGAGGCGCGUAUAAGUCUACGCUACACCGCGUCUGCCACACCUCGGAAUCGCUGCGUAUUUCGGUGCCCUUCUUCUUUGACCCGAACUGGGAUGCCUUUAUCGCGCCCGUUCUCCCCGCAGCUGAGACCUCUAUCGAGGAUGAUAAGUACAAGGGAAUUCGUUAUAUGGACAAGUUCAUCCAGUCUGUAGAGCGGCCUUUGUGGCGGGAUCCUCUCGUAGCGCCCUCUGAAGCAUUGCCACUCCAGGGCUUCAGUUGA